AUGGUCACCAUGCGACGAACCCUCCCCCCUCCCCCGUGCCGCGACCCCCGUGUGAAUCAGCACCGACCAAUUAACCGAUGCCCCCAGUAUCGCCAGUCCCGCCCGCAGGACGCGGUGCUGCUGGUGCAGGAGGCCAAGCCCGAGUGCCGUGGCCGCUGGUACCUCCCCGCGGGCCGCAUGGAGCCGGGCGAGGGCAUCGAGGCCGCGCUGCGGAGGGAGGUGAGGGAGGAGUCGGGGCUGGACUGCGAGCCCCUGACGCUGCUGGCGCUGGAGGAGAGGGGCCCGGCCUGGAUCCGCUUCGCCUUCCUGGCACGGGCCACAGGUGGGACCCUGAAGACCCUGGAAGAGGCCGAUGCCGAGUCCCUCCAAGCCACCUGGUGGCCUGGGGACCCUCGUUCGUUGCCGCUGCGCUCUCUGGACAUCCUGCCCGUGCUGGAGCUGGCCACCCGCUACCGCCAGAGCCCCGCACACCCCCCGACACUGCCGCGGGAGCUGCCCUGCUCCCCGCUCUGCCUGCGCCUCCUCCUGCCCUUCUCCAAUGCCGCCGGCGACCUGUGGCUACUGCUGGCCACCGCUGGUACCCCGCACCUGCCCGUGGUGGCCUGUGGCACGUCCCGCUCCGAGCUCCGCGCGGGGCUGCGCUCGCCCCUGCUGCGGCUACUGCGGGACCGCCUGGCUUGGGAGCCACAGCCCGGAGCUCUGGGGCUGCUGGGGCUACAGCACCGGCCUGGGGGGAUUGGGGACAAUGAUGGCAUCUGCUUCAACGUGGUGCUGAGCAUCUCCCCGGCGAGCCAGCGGGACGAGCCCCCCGAGCCCCGCGACCCCGCGCUGCGCUGGUGGCCCGUGCGGGAGGAGCGGCUGCGGGGCCGAGUCCUGCAGAGGAUCCGGGCCACGGUGCCCGUGCGGAGUUAG